AUGGCCCCCAGCGCCGUCGACGUCAAGAACGAGCCCAAGGCCGCCGACCUUGCCGCUCUGACCGCCGAGUUUGACGGCACUCUGCGGUUCUACCUCAACGGCACCAAGGUCGUUCUCGACGACAUUGAUCCCGAAGUCACCGUCCUCGAGUAUCUCCGCGGCAUCGGCCUCACCGGCACCAAACUCGGCUGCGGCGAAGGCGGCUGCGGCGCCUGCACAAUCGUCGUCUCCCAGUUCAACCCCACCACGCGCGAAAUCUACCACGCCUCGGUCAACGCCUGCCUCGCGCCCCUCGUCAGCCUCGACGGCAAGCACGUCAUCACCAUCGAGGGCAUCGGCAACACCAAGCGCCCGCACCCGACCCAGGAGCGCGUCGCCGUCGGCAACGGCAGCCAGUGCGGCUUCUGCACGCCCGGCAUCGUCAUGAGCCUGUACGCGUUGCUGCGCAACAACGACGCCCCGACGGAGCACGACGUCGAGGAGGCCUUUGACGGGAACCUGUGCCGCUGCACGGGAUACCGCCCCAUCCUGGACGCGGCGCAGACUUUCAGCGUCAAGAAGGGCUGCGGCCAGGCGGCGGCGAACGGAGGCUGCUGCAUGGACAAGACAAACGGCGACGCCAAUGGUGCGAAUGGAACGAGUACCAAUGGGACAAACGGAGAAAAUGGCGUCAAUGGCACGAAUGGCGCUAAUGGCAAGCAAAACGGCAGUGGCUGCUGCAUGGACAAUGGCAAUGGUCCUGCCAACGGUGGAUGCUGCAUGGACAAGAUGAAGGACGACCAGCCCAUCAAACGCUUCACCCCGCCCGGCUUCAUCGAGUACAACCCAGACACCGAGCUCAUCUUCCCGCCGCAGCUCAAAAAGCACGACAUGCGGCCGCUGGCUUUUGGCACCAAGAAGAAGACCUGGUACCGUCCCGUCACGCUUGACCAGCUGCUGCAGAUCAAGAGCGUCUACCCCCAGGCCAAGAUUAUCGGCGGCAGCACCGAGACCCAGAUCGAAAUCAAGUUCAAGGCGCUGCAGUACCCUGUAUCAGUCUACGUCGGUGAUAUUGCCGAGCUGAGACAAUACAAGUUCAACGACGACCACAUGGAGGUCGGUGGCAACGUCACCCUGACGGACCUGGAGAAGCUCUGCGAGACGGCCAUGGAGCACUACGGACCAGCGCGCGGCCAAGUGUUUGAAGGCAUCCUGAAGCAGCUGAAAUACUUUGCGGGCAGACAGAUCCGCAAUGUCGGCACACCGGCCGGUAAUCUAGUCACGGCAUCGCCGAUCUCCGACUUGAACCCCUCGCUCUGGGGAGCCAACGCGGUGCUCAUCGCCAAGUCCGCCACCGAAGAGACUGAGAUCCACAUGUCACAAUUCUUUACCGGCUAUCGCAAGACAGCACUGGCUCCUGAUGCCAUCAUUGCGUCCAUCCGUAUCCCAGUUACUGCCGCCAAGGGCGAGUUUUACCGCACCUACAAGCAGGCCAAGAGAAAGGAUGACGACAUUGCCAUUGUCACAAGCGCUCUGCGCGUGAAGCUGGACGAUGCUGGAAUUGUCCAGGAGUCGAACCUCAUCUAUGGCGGCAUGGCGGCCACGACAGUCUCAGCCAAGGCGGCCGAGGAAUACCUCAUCGGGAAGCCUUUUGCCGAACUCGAAACGCUCGAGGGCGUCAUGGAUGCGCUCGGUCGUGAAUUCGACAUGCAGUUUAGUGUCCCUGGCGGCAUGGCCUCGUACCGCAAGGCACUCGCCUUUGGCUUCUUUUACAGAUUCUACCACGACUGCUUGUCUGCUCUGAGCGGCAAGAAUGUGGACAAGCAGGCAGUGGACGAAAUUGAGAGAGAAUUGUCCGAGGGCAAGAUUGACCACCAGUCGGCGCAGAAAUACGAGCUCGAGGUGACAGGCAAAUCGAAUCCUCAUGUUGCCGCCCUGAAGCAGACUACCGGUGAAGCCCAGUACACCGACGACAUUCCCCAGAUGAAGAAUGAGCUCUAUGGAUGCUGGGUAUUGUCGACGAAAGCCCGCGCCAAGAUCUUGUCGGUCGACUAUUCCAAGGCUCUUGAUAUGCCUGGCGUGGUCGACUACAUCGAUGCGAAAGACAUGCCCGAUGAGGAGGCCAACAAGUUUGGCCCGCCACACUUUGAUGAGCGUUUUUUUGCUGAAGGUGAGGUGUUUACCGCUGGUCAGGCCAUUGCCAUGAUCCUGGCCACCUCUGCCACCAAGGCGUCGGAAGCUGCUCGGGCGGUCAAGGUGGAAUAUGAGACGCUGCCUUGCGUACUCACCAUGGAGGAGGCCAUCGAGCAGGAAAGCUUCCACCCUGUGUACCGAGAGAUUAAAAAGGGCAAUACUGAGGAGGCGUUCAAGAACUGCGACCACGUCUUUACCGGCAAGGUCAGAAUGGGCGGCCAGGAGCAUUUCUAUCUUGAGACGAAUGCUUGCUUGGCUGUUCCAUCGCCUGAAGAUGGCGCCAUUGAGAUUUUUGCCAGCACACAGAACGCCAACGAGACGCAAGUGUUUGCGGCCCGAACCUGCGGCGUGGCGGCCAACAAAGUCGUCGUCCGUGUCAAGAGACUCGGCGGCGGCUUUGGCGGCAAGGAAUCGCGCUCCGUCAUUCUCAGCUCCGUCGUGGCCCUGGCCGCCAAGAAGACGAAGCGCCCUGUGCGAUGCAUGCUCACUCGCGAAGAGGACAUGCUGACCAUGGGCCAGCGUCACCCCUUCCUCGCCCACUACAAGGUCGGCGUCAACAAGGACGGCAAGCUCCAGGCCCUGGACCUGUCCAUCUACAACAACGCCGGCUGGACUUUUGAUCUGAGUACCGCCGUCUGCGAGCGCGCCAUGACGCACUCGGACGGCUGCUACAGCAUCCCCAACGUGUUUGUCCGCGGCCGCGUCUGCAAGACCAACACGGUCUCCAACACGGCGUUCCGCGGCUUCGGCGGCCCCCAGGGCAUGUUCAUCGCUGAGACGUACAUGGAGGAGGUGGCUGACCGUUUGGGCAUGGCCGUCGAGACGCUGCGCGAAAUCAACUUUUACAAGCACCACGAGGAGACGCACUUUAACCAGAUGCUACAGGACUGGCACGUGCCUCUCAUGUACAAGCAAGUGUACGACGGCUUCCGCUACACGGAGCGGCGCCGCGCCAUUGCCGAGUUCAACCUCGAGAACAAGUGGCGCAAGAGGGGCCUGUCCAUCAUCCCGACCAAGUUUGGCAUCUCGUUUACGGCGCUGUGGCUGAACCAGGCCGGCGCGCUGGUGCACAUCUACCACGACGGCUCGGUGCUGGUCGCGCACGGCGGCACAGAAAUGGGCCAGGGCCUGCACACCAAGAUGACCAUGAUUGCGGCGCAGGCGCUCAACGUGCCGCUCGACAAUGUCUUCAUCUCCGAGACGGCGACCAACACCGUCGCCAACGCCUCUGCCACGGCGGCGUCGGCCUCGUCUGACCUGAACGGCUUCGCCGUGUACAACGCCUGCGAGCAGCUCAACGAGCGUCUCGCGCCGUACCGCGAGAAGCUCGGCAAGGGCGCAUCGAUGAAGGACAUUGCGCACGCGGCCUACUUUGACCGCGUCAACCUCUCCGCGCAGGGUUUCUACAAGACGCCCGAGAUUGGCUACUCGUGGACCGAGAACAAGGGCAAGAUGUUCUUUUACUUUACCCAGGGCGUCGCCGCCUCCGAGGUCGAGGUGGACCUGCUGACGGGCUCGUGGACGUGCCUCGAGACGGACAUCAAGAUGGACGUCGGCCAGUCCAUCAACCCGGCCAUCGACUACGGCCAGAUCCAGGGCGCGUUUGUGCAGGGCCUGGGGCUCUUCACCAUGGAGGAGUCGCUGUGGCUGCGCGGCGGGCCCAUGGCCGGCAACCUCUUCACCCGCGGACCCGGCGCGUACAAGAUUCCCGGCUUCCGCGACAUUCCGCAGCGCUUCAACGUCUCGCUCCUGAAAGACGUCGAGUGGAAGGAGCUCCGCACCAUUCAGCGCAGUCGCGGCGUCGGCGAGCCGCCGCUGUUCUUGGGCAGCGCGGUCUUCUUUGCGAUACGGGAUGCGCUCAAGGCGGCAAGAAGGGCGGAGGGUGUCGAGGCUGUGGUGGGGGAUGAUGCGGAUGAAAAGGGCUUGUUGAGGCUGGAGAGCCCGGCGACGGCGGAGAGGAUACGCCUGGCGUGUGAGGAUGGGAUUAUGAGGAGGGCGAGGGUGGCGCCCAAGGAGGGCGAGAAGAGCUUCUUUGUGUACAUCUAA